AGCUACGCAACAGGCAACGCAGGUUUCGUCGAUGCGUGGCUUGCAGAGCCAUUGGACGGGCCGAAGUCCUUGGCUGACAGCCUCCGGCGUGAUCGGACGAUUGCCACGAAGACAAGUGGCGUCGCAGGUCCACGGCAGAAAGGCGCGGCCGCGUGGCGAAACCGUCAGCUCGUGUUCAUUUCCGCUCCCCGCCUCACCUCACCGCGCUCACCUGCUCUUAUCAUGGCGGCGGCGGCGGCGGCGGCUGCUCACCUCCUCUGCCCCGCACCGGCCGCCUCUCCAGCAAAAUCCCGGCAAUUCCCUACCCGCGGCCGCCGCGCCAAACCUUCGAGAUGCUUCUCCUGCCGCGCGUCCCUCGGCCCCGACGGCUCGCUGGCCAUGCUCGGGGUCCCCACUCCCAGGCCGGCGCCGCCGAUGAUGAGGCCGUACCUGCGGGAGCACUCUUGCCUCAUCUUUCCGCCCCCGCGGGGCCGCCGCCCACUCGCGGUCGUCAAGUUCCUCGGCGGAGCCUUCAUCGGCGCCGUCCCCGAGGUCACCUACGGCUACCUGCUGGAGCUCCUGGCGCGGGAGGGCUUCCUCGUGGUGUGCGUGCCGUACAACGUCACCUUCGACCACGAGGCCGCCGCGAGGGAGGUCUUCGGCAGGUUCCACGCCUGCUACGACGCGCUCCUCGCCUCGGGGCUCCCGGAGGCCGGGCUGACCGCUCCGGACAUCGCGGAACUCCCGCUCUACUCUGUUGGACAUAGCAACGGGGCGCUGCUUCAGCUGCUGGUGGGGAGCUACUUCUCAGAAAGGAUACCAAAGGCUAACGCCAUUGUCUCAUUCAACAAUAGGCCAGCUUCGGAGGCUGUUCCUUACUUUGAACAGAUAGGCCCUCUUUUUAGUCAAUUGAUGCCUAUGAUGGAGGCCUCGCCUGUUUACUCAGUGGCCAGAAAUGCAUCAGGAGAUGCAUGGAAAGCUCUAUUUGAUUUAGCUGGAGGUUUUAUACGUGAGUAUGAUCAAGAAGCUAUGGUAUCCCUGAGCAAAUUUGUUGAUCAGUUACCAUCGGUAAUGAAUCAGGUUACAGAAGGUGUGUCUGAAUUCAAACCAACACCACCUGAAAACCGUGAAUUCUGCAAGAAUUCAUACAGCGUACCCAAUACAUUAUUGGUCAAAUUCAGUGUUGAUGCUAUUGAUGAUACAGACAUAGUUGAAGAUGUCCUGAGACCCCGAGUAGACUCAUUUGGUGGACAAAUAAAGAAAAUCGUACUGCUGGGGACACAUCUAACUCCAUGUAUACAGGAUGUGAAAUGGCAAGUUGGUUCAGAAUACACUCCAGCAGAUGCUCUUGCCCAGGGAUUGAAAUCAUUGGCUCUGAAUGAAACAAGGGUCCUCUCAAGAACUAUUGCUGAUUGGUUUAGAUCCCUUUAAAAUUUUGAAUUAGUCAAUACAUCCAUUGAAGUUCGGAAUUCUUCUUACAUAGGAAUGCUUCAUCAGUUCUCCCACUUUGCUGAUGCAGUCGACUGAGGCUGGCAUUGUAACAAGAUAUCAGAGUACAAUGUAUGCAUCCUCUUAAUUAAAAAAGCGGCGGUGCGGUCUGCUCCUUCCCGUCAAGUUUUUUUUUAGAGUACAAUGUAUGGUACAUAAGAGCAGUGCAUUUGGGGUGUGUGCUGAUUUGGUCGUGCUCGCCCACAGGCAGCCGCCGUACUACAAAUAUCUAUCUGAUCAAGAUGGGGUGUUUCAUGUUUGGGGCCUACUCGGAUUGUAGUUGCAGGCUAUACAAUGCACUCAACCCAAAGUCCAAGAAACAUGAUCCUGUUUGAGGUACGGUGCCAGCAAGGCCAAGUUGGCCAAAUGCCCCCUGCUACACCCGGACAAGCACAAUCCGGCUUGCUGCAGGCUGGCGAAAAGGCGUCAUAGGUGUAACAGGAAAUGUGUAUAUAUUGCCACAUUGUAUUUUCUGGGCAUGCACUUAAUAAUCUAGCUCACCGACUCACCGUAUAGCUCAGGCAAUUGGAUUGUUUGGGGGUUUUCGAUUGCUGUGUGCACUAGCAGACUGGUUCUGUAUCGAGUAUGUUCAUCCCGUGCAUAUGCUGCAAGGACUGGAUGCUGGCCUGGAAA